CACUAAGCUAACAACAAUAAUGGCGAUUACUCGUGUUGUUCUCUCCCUAAGCUUUGCAUUCUUCCUUUGUGUUGCUCAUGGAGCUCAAAUAACCCUUACAAACAAGUGUUCAUACACAGUGUGGCCAGGAUCACAAGCCAAUGCCAAUAGUGCUCAACUAUCAACAACCGGUUUUGAAUUGCCAAGUGGCCAAUCCAAAACAGUUGAUGUCCCAGCACCAUGGUCCGGGAAGUUUUGGGCUAGAACAGGAUGCUCCAACAAUAACGGAGUAUUCUCUUGUGCUACUGCAGACUGUGGCAACCACCUUGAAUGCAGUGGAGCCGGCGAAGCCACACCAGCAUCUCUAAUGGAAUUUACCAUUGCAUCUAACGGUGGACAAGACUUCUAUGAUGUUAGCAACGUUGACGGAUUCAAUGUUCCCUCUUCAAUUACCCCGCAGGGUGGAUCUGGUACCUGUAACGUCGCGAGUUGUCCAGCUAACAUCAAUGCUGCUUGUCCGGCCGCAUUGCAAUUUAAGGGAUCUGAUGGAAGCGUUAUUGGUUGCAAGAGUGCUUGCGUGGAAUUUGGCACUCCUGAGUAUUGUUGCACCGGCGAUCACAACACACCGGCGACUUGUCCGGCGACAAACUACUCCGAAUUCUUUAGCAACCAGUGCCCUAAUGCUUAUAGCUAUGCUUAUGAUGACAAAAGAGGAACUUUCAGUUGUUCAGGAAGCCCUAAUUAUGCUAUCAACUUCUGUCCAUGAACUUAAAUUAAUGCAUACAUUAUAUAUAUGGCAUUAAUAUUAAUUAAUCAAUAAUUUUGCUAUGAAAAAAUAAGUGCAUAUAUCAAUGCAUAAAUAGAUUCAUAGCACAUGCUAUAUA